CCCAAAGCUUCUAGAGCUGGAGACUUUCUGACUUCACUGGGCGAUUUUCAUCAUUUUAUAAUGGAUUUGCGAUGACAACUACAAAUGGUUCUGGUUUCUCCUUGAACUUCAUAUAUUUCCUUUCUCAGAACGAUUGCUCCCACCAGUAAUCUUCUAUUACUUUCAAAAUGCCGUAUAAUAUUGCUAUGGUCAGUGACUUCUUCUUCCCACAACCAGGAGGAGUCGAAAGUCACAUCUACCAACUCUCUACUAAGCUCAUCGACCGCGGACACAAAGUUAUAAUAAUUACGCACGCAUAUGAGGAUAGAACUGGUGUCAGAUAUCUUACAAAUGGCCUCAAAGUUUAUCAUGUCCCAUUUUUUGUUAUGUUUCGCUCCUGUACCUUUCCUACCGUCUUCUCAUUCUUCCCAAUCUUCCGCAACAUCGUUAUACGGGAACAAAUUGAGAUUGUUCAUGGUCAUGCAAGCAUGAGUAGCAUGUGCCACGAAGCUAUAUUACAUGCAAGGACGAUGGGACUGAGGACUGUGUUUACAGAUCAUUCAUUGUUUGGGUUCGCAGAUGCAGGCAAUAUAUUGAUCAAUAAGCUACUUAAGUUCACACUGAGCGACGUUGAUCAUGUAGUUUGUGUUAGCCAUACUUGGUAGAGUUGCCCCAUUGCCAUUGAUGAAUCAAGAAUUCUCUGACCGAUCCUAGCAAAGAAAACACGGUUUUACGCGCUUCUCUUGACCCCCUCAUGGUCUCUGUCAUUCCAAAUGCAGUCGUGGCGGAGAAUUUUCGACCUCUAUCACACCCCUCAUAUCCGGCCGAUCCUCCGGGAAAGCACCCCCCUCCUGCUCCAUAUCCACUGGGUCCGCAUGAUGUAAUAACAAUCGUUGUGGUGUCGAGACUUUUCUAUAAUAAAGGAACCGACCUAUUAAUUGCAGCAAUUCCUCGAAUUCUUGCCAGUCAUCCCAAUGUACACUUUAUAAUUGCAGGAUCAGGCCCUAAAGCCAUUGAUCUGGAACAAAUGCUGGAGAAGAAUGUGUUGCAAGAUAAAGUUGAGAUGCUUGGGCCGGUCAGACAUGAGGAGGUCCGAGAUGUUAUGGUUAGAGGGCACAUAUAUUUACAUCCAAGUUUGACUGAAGCUUUUGGAACUGUGAUAGUUGAAGCUGCUAGUUGUGGAUUAUAUGUCGUUUGCACACAGGUGGGGGGGAUACCUGAAGUGCUUCCAGCACACAUGACAGUUUUUGCCAAGCCUGAUGAAGAUGAUCUAGUCGCUGCCACGGGUCGAGCAAUUGCGUCUUUGAGAGCCAACAAAGUUCGAACCGAAAAGUUUCAUGAUCAAGUCAAAAUGAUGUAUUCCUGGACAGACGUAGCAGAAAGAACAGAGAGGAUAUAUGAUGGCAUAUUUGGCGUUCUAAGCGAGGCAGAGUUCUAUGGAUAUGAUGCAGCCGACGCAGCUAGCUGGAGCGCUACUAGAGGAAGAGCCGGUGUACAGAGCUUCGCUUUGAUUGAUCGCCUUAAGAGAUACUAUGGCUGCGGAAUAUGGGCAGGCAAACUUUUUUGCCUUUGUGUGAUCAUCGACUACCUGUUAUUUCUGCUACUCGAAGUUCUGGCACCGAGAGAUAGAAUCGACACAUCUAGAAGCUGGCCAAAGAAGAUUCCUCAAGACUCUUCAAGGAGAGAUCGUGAAACUAGGAGGGAAUUUGGAUAGUAUUGGCUUGUCUAUUGUGGAACCUGGCGUGCACUUUCUGCGGACCGUGAAAAGACUAUCGCUCGCUUUCAAUGAUUCCAGAUAAAAACCAGCGCGGGUGUAUGAGAAAACACCCCCGACAUUAAUAGCUUUCAUUCAAGCGCUGCGAUGGACUUUAUAGCAGAAACAGCCAUCUAUCUCUGCUACUCUAUCCUCCUAUGUAUGUAGGCGCCAGCCCAUUCCGAUUUCAGCUUGUCCAUGAACGCAAAAUCCGUUACAACAACAGCAUUUACUCUGGCGCUGAGAAUGGUCUGUUGUCAACCGGGGGUCGCGUGCAAAGGAUAUGGCCUCAGAUACAGAAGUGGUAAUGGAAGCCUAUGUCCAAGGUGAAUCUAGUCAUUAGCUGCUAGUGUCCAAGAUCAAUAUAGAUGUCAAGGCUCUACGAUGCUUUUUGAUUCGAGACAAACAUCAAAAUAAAUUAGGGGGCUUAAGUGUGAGUUAGUAAGGCUUAUUUUUUUUUAUCAACAGUCCAGGCGAAGCGGCGAGCUGAAGUGAUUUUUGAUGUUUGGGCGAAGCAAGAGCAGGUUCACAAGUGCGCAAAGACAAAUCAUUUCGACGGGGUGUGCGUCUCCAACAGCUGAAAUCAUUCAUCCUACCAACUACUUGUAUACUUUCUUGGCCGGAUGCACGAUGUGAUUGCUGAUAGCAGCUCUUUGUCACACACCACUCGGGAUGCUAAUGAGACCAGACGCUAGGGCCUUUGAAGUGCCGGUGGCACAACGUUGGUGUAUACGAUCUACUGAUGGUAAUAGAUGUCCAGAAUGCCCCAACAUGGAUGGCGUUCAGAUUGAAAUUAUGGAAUUCAAUUCGUGAGAAGGCACGAGACACAUUCACAAUGCUAGAUGUUUGGUUCUUGGGUGGCUCAGAUGCUUAUAGGAUAGAGGUGAGCAUCGUGCGGGUUUAUGGACAUGCACUGCAGGGUUGGAGGCGUUGUUUUCUGCUCACGCGGGCUCUCGACGUCAAUUGUGCAAUAUAUGUGAAAUCUGCAUUGAUCCUGCAUUUUACUAAGGAAUAUGACAUGCAGCUUCUAGGAUAUGGUCUACAAAAGUUGUUUUUCCCGGCUGUGCAAUUUCUCUCCAACCCCAGGCAUAUUUGAGAAAUGGACCGGUUUCUCUGGCUCACAUCAAUAGAAUGUUUGUUUAUUCUCUCACCUCAAUGAGAUCGCAAUUGAGAUCCCAACUAUGUCCCUU